CGCAACUGUUAGACUUACUUGUCAUUUGGUUCACUAAGCGGUCUGGCCAGCAGCCUCCUCAAAAACAUGAUUUGCAAAACUUAUCAAGAAACUUUUUCUUUUGGAUUUGAUAGUUGUUUGUCUACGAGUAAAGUGUAUUUGGGAAGUAAUGGAUUUCCUUACUACACGGAGUCACUCGGAAAAGCUGAUCAACUUUACGUAUGAACUGAAGCGGGAAGCCUUCGGACACCGCAGCUCAUCAUGAUGGAUGAAACAUCUCUUACAACAGGGAAUACACAUAACUGGAAGGCUCUCUAAGAAGGCAACUGGAGACCUGCGAGAUUGGCAGAACCCAUUAAGAAGCAAUCUGUAAGAGAAUAACCGGGCACAGCUACAUCCAAGAAUGAGGAUCAAAUACACAAUACCGAUCGUCUUUUUUGUGGCACUUGUUAUCAUUGAGAAGGAGAACAGCAUUGUCUCAAGGGUGACAGACAAGCUCGCCUUAAAGCAGACCUCCCAGACUCCUCUGCAGCCUCCUCUCCACACACCGCUGAAGCCCAAUGGCUUCUUUACCUCACUCAGGAAGAUGGACUCGGCCUUCAUGCUGAUGAAGCGGCGCCUGGAGGACUACAGCCAGCACCAGGAGGUAGUGACGGAGGGCAGGAAGCACAUCCUCCUGUUGGCCACCACCAGGACCGGCUCCUCGUUUGUGGGGGAGUUCUUCAACCAGCAGCGCGACAACAUGUUCUACCUGUUUGAGCCACUUUGGCACGUGGAGAAGAUGCUGACGCUGGAGACGGGCGGCACCAACGCCACAGCAGCGGUUAAGGCGUACCGCGAUGUGCUGCAGCAGCUCUUCUUGUGUGACUUCUCCCUGCUGGAGAGUUUCAUUGACCCACACCCUGUGCGCCACACCACCGCCGCUCUUUUCCGCAGGGCGUCCAGCAGCUCUUUGUGCGAGGACUCGGUCUGCAGCCCGCCCACCAAGGGGGUCUUUGAGCGUUAUCGCUGCAGGAACAGACGCUGUGGUCCCUUGAACUUGACCAUGGCGUCUGAGUCCUGCCUCCGGAAGGAACACAGGGUGAUCAAGUCGGUGAGAGUGCGCCAGCUGGAGAACCUGCGUCCUCUGGCUGAGGACCCGCGCCUCGACGUCAAGUUCAUUCAGCUGGUUCGGGAUCCUCGGGCUGUGCUCGCCUCGCGCAUGGUGGCCUUCGCGGCCAAAUACAAGAACUGGAAGCAGUGGGCUACGGAUGGGGAUAUUCCGAUUGACAACGACGAAGUGAAAAAGCUGAAAGGGAAUUGCGAUAAUAUCAGAAUGUCGGCUGAGAUCGGCCUUGGACAGCCAACCUGGCUGCGCGGGCGUUACAUGCUGGUGAGGUACGAGGACAUCGCUCGGUUCCCCUUGAGGAAGGCGACGGAGAUGUACGGGUUCGCUGGGAUCCCGUUCACUCCACAGGUGAAAUCCUGGAUCCUGAAGAACUCCCAGGCGUCCAAGGAGACCAGCGGCGUUUACUCCACACAGAAAAACUCCUCGGAACAAGUGGAGAAAUGGAGGUUCAGUUUACCUUUUAAAAUAGCUCAGGUUGUGCAGAAAGUUUGUGGACCAACGCUGAAGAUUUUUGGGUAUAAAUUUGUAAGCAGUGAAGAAAUGCUAAGAGAUAAGUCUUUUAGUUUGAUUGAGGACAAAGUUUUCAAGUUUUUAUAAACUUUUACAAACAUGAACUCUGAACCCAGAUGCAGGAAAACUGAAAUGACAUAUUUAUUACAGUAAUUUAUCCUGGUACAGAGAGCCACAUAUUUUCAGAGUGUGUACGAUUUUAAAAUCAAUAUAUCAUAUAAAGCUUUUAAAUGUGGGACAAUAGAAAACCAUCUUUGUUUUUGCACUCUGGACUAUUUUCUCUGUCCAAACUUUAUUGUUGGCUUUUUCUGCAAGCCUUUCAAAUUCUCAGCAAAUAGAAAAAAGUCCCAAGUAAGAUGUCUGUGUUUUGGUGAACAUAACAAAAACAGUUUUUUACACUUCCUGGGACUUCUGAUUUAAAAUAAGCAACAUCAACUGCUUUUACACCAAAGAAACUUGGAAAAAGAACGAGAAAUAUUGUCCACUUAUUGAUGAGACUAAGUAAUGUCCCGUGUUGAUUUAUUUAUUUAUUUUCUGCUAAAAGUCAUUAUGACUCCGCAUGUGCACAGGCUAUUUUGCCCUCUGUAGAGGCUUUUUCUUGCACACAUAUACUGCAGUUUGCUGUACAUGCAUGAUUGUUAUUGGUUUUCCUUGUGAUGGGAUAUUCUGUGAAAACAGAUGUUUACACUGCCACUGUAUGUCAACAUUCCAACUGCAGCUGGUUUGCAGGAUUGUGUAAGGUUUGUCGGCAGAUCUGUCUGUUGACACAAGUCCCUUGGCUGGUAACUAAAAGAGGCCCGAUAGUCUCUACCCACGGACUGUUUGCUGAUGUUCCA